AGAUGACAACGGGAACAUUUUGGACCCAGAUGAAACCAGCACCAUUGCCCUUUUCAAGGCCCAUGAAAUGGCCUCAAAAAGGAUUGAGGAAAAGAUCCAAGAAGAGAAGUCAGUUCUUCAGAACCUGGACUUGCGGGGCCAGUCUGUCUUCAGUGCCGUCCACACCUACGGCCUCUAUGUGAACUUCAAGAACUUUGUCUGCAACAUUGGGGAAGACGCCGAGUUGUUCAUGGCCCUCUAUGACCCGGACCAGUCCACCUUCAUCAGUGAGAAUUACCUAAUUCGUUGGGGCAGUAAUGGAAUGCCCAAGGAAAUCGAGAAGCUUAAUAACCUUCAAGCGGUUUUUACUGACCUCAGUAGCACAGACCUCAUCCGGCCCCGCAUCAGCCUUGUGUGCCAGAUUGUCCGGGUGGGCCACAUGGAGCUAAAGGAGGGCAAAAAGCACACGUGUGGGCUCCGAAGACCGUUUGGAGUAGCAGUGAUGGAUAUUACUGAUAUCAUCCAUGGGAAGGUGGAUGAUGAAGAAAAGCAGCAUUUUAUUCCCUUUCAGCAAAUUGCAAUGGAAACCUAUAUUCGGCAGAGACAGCUAAUCAUGUCGCCCCUGAUAACAUCCCAUGUGAUUGGGGAGAAUGAGCCACUCACUUCAGUCUUGAAUAAAGUGAUAGCAGCGAAGGAAGUGAAUCACAAAGGACAAGGACUUUGGGUAUCUUUGAAGCUUUUGCCAGGUGACCUCUCACAGGUUCAGAAGAAUUUUUCACACCUGGUGGAUAGAUCAACUGCAAUCGCCCGAAAAAUGGGCUUUCCUGAAAUAAUACUUCCAGGGGACGUGCGGAAUGAUAUUUAUGUCACUUUGAUCCACGGGGAGUUUGACAAAGGGAAAAAGAAGACGCCAAAGAACGUGGAGGUGACCAUGUCUGUGUACGAUGAGGAGGGCAAGCUCCUGGAGAAAGCAAUUCAUCCUGGUGCUGGAUAUGAAGGCAUUUCAGAGUACAAAUCAGUAGUCUAUUACCAAGUCAAGCAGCCCUGUUGGUAUGAGACUGUCAAGGUAUCCAUCGCUAUAGAAGAGGUUACUCGCUGCCAUAUAAGAUUUACCUUCCGACACAGGUCAUCUCAGGAAUCCAGAGAUAAAUCAGAGCGAGCCUUUGGCGUGGCCUUCGUGAAACUGAUGAACCCGGACGGUACCACUCUGCAGGAUGGGAGGCAUGAUCUGGUGGUUUAUAAGGGUGACAACAAGAAAAUGGAAGAUGCUAAGUUCUAUCUGACCCUGCCAGGAACUAAGGUAGAGAUGGAAGAAAAAGAGCUCCAAGCGUCCAAAACCCUGGCCAACUUUACCCCAAGCAAGGACAGCACAAAAGACAGCUUUCAGAUCGCCACCCUCAUUUGCUCCACAAAACUCACCCAGAAUGUUGACCUGUUGGGACUGUUAAAUUGGCGUUCGAACUCCCAGAACAUUAAACACAACUUAAAGAAGUUAAUGGAAGUGGAUGGAGGCGAGAUUGUUAAGUUUUUGCAAGAUACACUAGAUGCACUUUUUAACAUAAUGAUGGAAAUGUCAGACAAUGAAACCUAUGACUUCCUUGUGUUUGAUGCACUGGUAUUUAUUAUCUCACUGAUAGGAGACAUCAAGUUCCAGCAUUUUAAUCCUGUCCUUGAAACCUACAUCUACAAGCACUUCAGUGCCACUCUGGCAUAUGUGAAACUCUCCAAGGUACUGAACUUUUAUGUGGCUAAUGCAGAUGACUCCAGCAAGACAGAAUUGCUUUUCGCUGCUUUGAAAGCCCUGAAGUACUUGUUUCGAUUCAUCAUCCAAUCUAGGGUACUCUACUUGAGAUUUUAUGGCCAAAGCGAAGAUGGAGAUGAAUUUAAUAAUUCAAUCCGCCAGUUAUUUCUUGCUUUCAAUAUGCUAAUGGACAGGCCCCUGGAGGAAGCUGUCAAGAUCAAGGGGGCAGCUCUGAAGUACCUUCCUAGCAUCAUUAACGACGUCAAACUUGUGUUUGAUCCCGUGGAGCUCAGCGUGCUCUUCUGCAAGUUCAUUCAAAGCAUCCCUGACAACCAGUUAGUUCGCCAGAAACUGAACUGCAUGACCAAGAUAGUGGAGAGCAAUCUUUUCUGGCAGUCCGAGUGCAGAGAGGUGCUGCUGCCGCUGCUGAUAGACCAGCUCAGCGGCCAAUUAGAUGACAACUCCAGCAAGCCCGACCAUGAGGCCAGCUCGCAGCUCCUGAGCAACAUCCUGGAAGUGCUGGACAGGAAGGAUGUGGGCCCCACGGCGAUGCACAUCCAGCUGAUAAUGGAACGGCUGCUGAGAAGGAUUAACCGGACCGUGAUUGGGAUGAGCCGACAAUCUCCCCAUAUUGGGAGCUUUGUGGCGUGUAUGAUUGCGACCCUGCGGCAGAUGGAUGACAGUCACUACAGCCACUACAUCAGCACUUUCAAGACCAGACAAGACCUCGUUGAUUUCCUCAUGGAGACUUUCAUCAUGUUUAAGGAUCUGAUUGGAAAGAAUGUCUAUGCCAAAGACUGGAUGGUCAUGAAUAUGACACAGAGCAGAGUUUUCCUCCGUGCGAUAAAUCAGUUUACUGAGGUUCUCACAAAGUUCUUUAUGGAUCAGACAAGCUUUGAACUUCAGCUCUGGAACAAUUACUUCCAUUUGGCAGUAGCAUUUCUCACCCACGAGUCCCUUCAGCUUGAAAACUUCUCUCAAGCCAAGCGCAACAAAAUUGUCAAAAAAUACGGGGACAUGAGAAAGGAAAUCGGCUUCAGAAUCCGGGACAUGUGGUAUAACCUGGGUCCCCACAAAAUCAAAUUCAUCCCCUCCAUGGUGGGUCCUAUUCUGGAGGUCACCCUGACCCCUGAGGUCGAGCUCCGGAAAGCCACCAUCCCCAUUUUCUUUGACAUGAUGCAGUGUGAGUUCAACUUUAGCGGGAAUGGCAAUUUCCACAUGUUUGAGAAUGAGUUGAUCACAAAGCUGGACCAAGAGGUGGAAGGGGGCAGAGGAGAUGAACAAUACAAGGUCCUUCUGGAAAAACUGCUCCUAGAACAUUGCCGGAAACAUAAAUACCUCUCCACCUCUGGAGAAGUGUUCGCAUUCCUGGUCAGCAGCCUGUUAGAGCACCUGUUGGACUACAGAACCAUUAUCAUGCAUGACGAGAGCAAGGAGAACCGCAUGAGCUGUACUGUGAACGUGCUGAAUUUUUAUAAAGAAAAGAAGAGAGAGGACAUAUACAUAAGGUACUUGUACAAGCUGCGGGAUUUGCACCGAGACUCUGAAAACUACACAGAAGCCGCCUAUACCCUCCUCCUACAUGCUGAGCUGCUGCAGUGGUCUGAUAAGCCCUGUGUACCCCAUUUGCUUCAGAGGGACAGUUACUAUGUCUAUACCCAGCAAGAGCUUAAAGAGAAGCUGUAUCAAGAAAUCAUAUCAUACUUUGACAAAGGCAAAAUGUGGGAGAAGGCCAUCAAACUGAGCAAAGAGUUGGCUGAGACUUAUGAGAGCAAAGUAUUUGACUACGAGGGCCUCGGCAACCUGCUGGUGAGUCCGGCCUCGUUUUAUGAGAACAUCAUUAAAGCAAUGAGGCCUCAGCCUGAAUACUUUGCUGUUGGCUACUACGGACAGGGCUUUCCUUCUUUCCUUCGGAACAAAAUCUUCAUCUACCGGGGGAAGGAGUACGAGAGGCGAGAAGACUUCAGCCUGAGGUUGCUGACCCAGUUCCCCAAUGCCGAGAAGAUGACCAGCACCACGCCCCCGGGAGAGGACAUCAAGUCGUCCCCAAAGCAGUACAUGCAGUGUUUCACCGUAAAGCCGGUGAUGAGCCUGCCGCCCAGCUACAAGGACAAACCAGUUCCAGAGCAGAUCUUAAACUACUAUAGAGCCAAUGAAGUGCAGCAGUUCAGAUAUUCCAGGCCAUUCUGGAAAGGAGAGAAGGAUCCAGACAAUGAAUUUGCUACCAUGUGGAUCGAAAGGACCACGUAUACAACCGCGUACACCUUUCCUGGGAUUCUCAAGUGGUUUGAAGUCAAACAAAUUUCAAUGGAGGAAAUCAGUCCCCUGGAGAAUGCCAUAGAAACCAUGGAACUCACCAAUGAGAAGAUCAGCAACUGUGUCCAGCAGCAUGCCUGGGACCGAGCCCUCUCUGUGCACCCUCUCUCCAUGCUGCUCAGUGGCAUCGUGGACCCGGCUGUCAUGGGGGGCUACUCCAACUAUGAAAAGGCAUUUUUUACAGAAAAGUACUUGCAGGAGCAUCCCGAAGACCAGGAGAAGAUUGAGCUGCUAAAACGACUGAUAGCAUUGCAGAUGCCCCUGCUGACAGAGGGGAUCCGCAUCCACGGGGAGAAGCUGACAGAGCAGCUAAAGCCACUGCAUGACCGGUUGUCUUCUUGUUUCCGGGAACUCAAGGAGAAAGUGGAAAAGCUCUACGGUGUCAUAACGCUGCCACCCACCUUGACUGAGAGGAAGCAAAGCCGUACAGGGUCUAUUGUACUACCCUACAUCAUGUCAUCUACGCUGCGGAGAUUGUCCAUCACCUCAGUGACUUCCUCGGUGAUUUCCACCUCUUCUAACUCAUCCGAUAAUGCUCCUUCCAGACCAGGAUCUGAUGGGUCAAUCCUGGAGCCACUUAUGGAGCGCAGGGCUUCGUCAGGUGCCAGAGUUGAAGAUCUGCCCCUCAAAGAGGACAGUGAGAACCGGAUCAGCAAGUUCAAGAGAAAAGAUUGGAGCCUCAGCAAGUCCCAGGUCAUUGCAGAGAAAGCGCCAGAACCUGAUCUGAUGAGCCCAGCCCGAAAAGCGCAAAGACCAAAGAGUCUCCAGUUGUCGGACAAUCGGCUGACGCCAUUUCAUGGUUCUUCACCUCCUCAGUUGACGCCCUUGAGCCCACCUCCACUCACUCCUAAAGCCACCAGGACCCUAAGCUCCCCAUCUUUGCAGACAGAUGGGCUGAUGACUACUACUGUCCCGCCUCCCCCUCCCCCCAAAAGCAAGCCCUACGAGAGCAGCCAGAGGAACUCCGCGGAGAUUGCCCCUCCACUUCCGGUCCGCAGAGAAGCCAAAGCCCCACCCCCACCACCUCCCAAAGCUCGGAAAUCUGGCUUCCUUUCUUCUGAGCCCGGAUCCCAGUAAGGAUCUUGCCACCCUGUCUCCGGAACUCUGAACACCUUGAACAGCUGAGAGGAGGCCCUGUCCUCAUUCCCCAGGGCCUCUGGCUGACCCCCCACCC